UCUGUCAACACAGUGUGUAAACACCUACACGGAACAGAGCCGGAGAGAGGGGUUUGCUGUCGGCAGGACGGUGCAGAUUUCCUUAAUUAAUUUAAUAACUGUGAAUGGGAAACGUUGUGUGAUAGUCCCGCUGCUGACUCUGGAGCCUAGCAGAGUAGAGUCUGGAAGAAAAGCCAGUCUCUGGUUGUUUCAUUGCAAGGAGGACGGAGGCAGCUAAUCAGCGCUUGUCGACGACCAUGGAAGCGCCGACCGUUGUAGAGGCUGACCCGGCGGCGGGCGAAGGUAGCGCCGCUUUCACUGGCGUCCAGAACAGGGACUGGGAUGAGUCUCAGCUCCGAACAUAUUCUUUCCCAACCAAGCCCAUUCCCAGACUGUCUCAUACGGACCCCAGAGCAGAGAUACUAAUAAACAAUGAGGAACCAGUGGUUUUAACAGACACAAACCUUGUGUAUCCAGCUCUCAAAUGGGACAUUGCCUACCUCCAGGAGAACAUUGGAAAUGGAGACUUCUCUGUUUACACUGCCAAAAACCACAAAUUCCUCUACUAUGAUGAGAAAAAAAUGGCUAAUUUUGAGAACUUUGUCCCUACGUCACAACGAAUGGAAAUAAAAUUCUCUGAAUUUGUGGAUAAAAUGCAUAUAACGGAGGAAAUGGAAGGAGAGGAGAGGGUAUAUCUGCAGCAGACCUUGAAUGACACAGUAGGGAAGAAGAUUGUUGUUGACUUCCUUGGUUUCAACUGGAACUGGAUCAACAAGCAGCAAGCCAAGAGAAACUGGGGACAGCUGACAUCCAACCUGCUGCUCAUAGGCAUGGAGGGCAAUGUGACACCAGCGCAUUACGACGAACAGCAGAACUUCUUUGCACAGAUCAAAGGCCAUAAGAGAUGCAUCCUCUUCCCUCCAGACCAGUUUGAGUGUCUCUAUCCAUACCCUGUUCAUCACCCCUGUGACAGACAGAGCCAAGUUGAUUUUGAUAACCCCGAUUAUGAGAAGUUUCCCAAUUUUAAAAAUGUUGUUGGCUAUGAGGCUGUUGUGGGCCCAGGAGAUGUGCUCUACAUCCCCAUGUAUUGGUGGCAUCACAUUGAAUCACUGUUGAAUGGUGGAGUGACGAUCACUGUAAACUUCUGGUACAAAGGUGCCCCCACACCCAAGAGGAUAGAAUACCCCCUGCGAGCUCAUCAGAAGGUGGCCAUCAUGAGAAAUAUUGAGAAGAUGCUGGGAGAAGCACUUGGAGACCCACAUGAGGUUGGACCUUUGCUGAAAACGAUGAUCAAGGGACGAUAUGACCAGGAUCACAGUUAGAGCCCCACCCAUGAAAAUGUUAACUAAACUGCUUUGGAAACGGUAUGCACGUGAAAGUGAGACUGCUGCGUGUGUUCUGUGCAUUCUGACUUUGGAGCUACGUAUCACUGCAUGGCAAUAAGCGGCCAUCUGGAAACCAUUCUGCUUCAGUUGUCGCCGAGAGCCAUGGUCAUUGCAAAUACAACAAUUACAGAAGACACAUCUGACUAACGCAUCGGAAUUUGCUCUACUUGAAGUCUUUGAAGAGGAGGUCUAAUUUAUAGACUUGUGGAUAUAUUUAUGUGAACCAGUGUUUUCUCAACAUUCUCAUAAUUCAAGCUAAUGGGUAUUUGGGUGCAUUUGCACACCCAGUCAGUACAAGUUGUCUGAGAUUGGUACCUAAAUAUUUUGACCACUAAUGAAUGAGUCAAGAGGUAUUAUAUAUAUAUAUAUAUAUACAGUACACAUCAGUUAGACACAGGACAUUUCUUAUAUACAUGUAAUAACACAGUUGUGUUUGAAUGACUAUACUGUAUUCUCCAUCUUUAUCAUUAAGAUAGCUUUAAGACGGAUUUGGUUCAUACCUCUAAAAACGAAAGGUCUUGUAAGUGUGAAAUAUUUAUCCACGUAAUCUGCAUUAUCUCUGUCUACCUGCAUGGUUUUGGGGAGUGAUCAGCAAGAAUUUUCUGUUGCAAAGAAGACAGCAUAGGCACAGCAAUAAAACACAGAAGUACAGUGAUUAAAAACUGUGAUGAAAUAUGAUCAAAAAUAUGCGUGUGUGUGUGGGGGGGUGGGUCGUAUAUUCAGCUGAAGGAAUAUGUGACUGCUUGCAGCUAAGUUAUUUUAGCUGAGUGAUUGCUUUGUGUUUUAUUUAUGCUCUUGCUUGUUUGAUUUAUAUUUUAAGGACUUUAUUGGAUGUGCUAUUCUGUGUACAAGUAAUAGGUGAGGGAGUACCGAAAACAAAUUACAUACUGCAAUUUUAGUUGCAAAUAUGGUUAACUUUAAGAAUUAAAAGCAAAUACUGCUGUUUAUACUAAAAUACUGUUUUUGGGGAAACUUCUCAAAGUAAUUACAGGUGAUUUGGGAAUAUGAUGGUUAAAUCUGUUAUGAGUGUAAAAGUGGUUAAAGCAAACUGCUUAAUUUUUACAUUUUGUUAAUAUGUUAUUAAUGGACUGAACUAGCUGACUGCUGGGAUGUAGCUUAUGUAUCAGCCAUUGCAGGGCAACAUAAUGUACCAUGUAGUGGUCAAGUCUGCAGCUGCAUGUUAAGCUUGAUGUAUUGUUACCUGGUUCUAUACUGCUACAAUACAAAUAUUCAACAUGGUGUGUUAAAUCCAGCAGAUCUGAGAUAAAAUUAAGCUGCAAUGGUUACAAAAGUCAAAUUCCAGUUUAAAACUUGCUCUUAUGAUUACUUUAGGUUAACAAUCCUCAGAAAUGCACUUAUUUUUACUUACAUGCAGCCAUAUUUUGAAGAUCUUAAAGUAAAGUGCUCUCUCGAACUAUUGUAAAAAUGUAUAUUAAACAAAAGGGGAGGAUCAUUUCAUAAAUUGUGCUGUAUGUGCCAAACCAACAUACAAACCAGUAGAUGGGUAUCUCCAUAUUCAGAAAGCUUUGUUUGUCUGUGACAUUGGAUGAAUCAGUAAGUGAUGAACUAUAAAAUAGGAAUACCCAAGCACUUAAUUCACCAGGAAUGUACUGGUUUUCAAGAGUUUUGUUGUGUCUGAUUAAAGUUCAACCUUUAAAUUGCUGACAAUGUGCAUAUCUAUUUCUUACAGAUUGCACGAUGAUGGAACAGAGCUACUUCCUCUGUAAAAAAAGAAUUAACCCGAUUGAUGUUUCAUCUCUCUUUUCUAAGUUAACCCUGUUUACUAUAUGUGCCUUGCUUAAUAAUGGCGUGGCACUAAGUGUUUCAAGGACAUGUUUUUUUAAAAUGUUUAUUAUAUGGUCAAAAUGUUUGUUUUAACUCUGGCAUUAAACAGCUUAAUAGGCGGGACUGAUGAGGGUUCAUAGAUGGAUUGAUGGAUGCCUGUUUUUUGUUUUCAACAUUCAGUAUGUGCUCUCCCUGUUCCUCUGAUUAAAGUUUGUUUGCAAAGUUC